AUGGCGGACCGAGAAGCGAGAUUCACCACCGAUGCCUUCGUCGACACGACGCCUAUGCCCGACCACAUUCCUAAAGUCAAAGAGAUCGGAGCCAGUUCCGCACCCCUGUUGAGCGCAUCUUUCUUCAUCGGCGACCGAUGCCGAUCCUACAACGACGAUUACAUGCAGUGCAAAACCGAGUCCUAUGGGCGAGGAGAGCUGGACUGCAUGAAAGAAGGGAGGAAAGUGACGAGAUGUGCCGCAAGCGUGUCAGUAUACGCCCUGGGUCAAUGGAGCGAGAAGCAAUUCUCGUUCAAGACGCUGUGGAGGUCCGACGGCUGA